AAAGUGGUGGGGUUGGCGGUUUCCAUCUUAUCUCCAUUGAUGCCAUCUGUAGAGAUUUCUGAUAUGGUUGAUGAGUCCAAAGGACAACAUCAGGUUGACAAUGCUAAUGGAUUAAUCGAAAAUUCCCCAAAUCCCCUCUCGCCUCUCGAUUGUGACGAGAAACCUACCAAUGGGGCUGAUGAUUCAGUGACAGAUGAGAACGACGACGAUAGCAGGUACUUUUAUUAUUAUUUAUUUUCUGUCGAUAGAAAACUGUUUGUCGGUGGUCUGAGCUGGGAAACAAAUGAAAAUGAUUUAAAGGAAUAUUUCUCUCGUUGGGGAAAAGUUACUCAGUGCAUCAUAAAACUGGAUAGGUUUACAGGAAAUUCAAGAGGGUUUGGUUUUGUUACUUUGGAAAGUGAAGACUGCGUUUCGAAAGUUCUCAGUGUCCCUGAGCAUUGGUUAAAGAAUAAGAAAAUUGACCCUAAAAAGGCGAAACCUUCUCGAGAACCCUUAAAAAAGAUUUUUGUUGGUGGUAUUGACCCCGAAGUAACGGAAGACCAAAUACGGGAAUACUUUAGCAGUUUUGGAAAGGUUGAGUCUUUAGACUUGCCUUAUGACACUCAAAAAGGGAAAAGAAAACAUUAUAUAUUCGUCAGUUUUUCCACUGAAGCAGCUGCCAAAAAAGCUAUUUCGAAGGAGCGUCAAGAUAUUUUCGGUCGACAGUGUGAUGUUAGGGUUGCUGUUACACGAGAUCAAGCUAACAGACAAAAAGUAGCUCUGAAACAAUGGUAUAACUGGUUAGAUCCCAGCUUCUCUUAUCCAGGAUAUGCCUUUGGUGACUACGCAAACGCUUACCCUGGCUUUGACCCUUUUACGUACAACUAUUAUGGAUAUGAUUACUACGGAAGCGCAGCAGCAGCAGCAGCUGCAACAGGUUACGGGGCAUAUACCAAUCUAGCUGCUAAUCAAUUUUGUGGAGUAAUUAAUUCUAACAAAGUAAAUCAAAGUAUCCGUACUCCUGCUGCAGCACCAGGAGCUGCCACACGUAUGAUUGGUAGCGGCACGACUGGAACAAUCGGUACGAACCCCCACCAAACCCAAUCCCACACACAUCUAAAUUACACAAACUUACUUACUUCCCAGCUAGAUCCACACCAUACAACGAUGUCCGCUAACCUAGAUUUCUCUGUAGCACAUCCUCAACCCGGUCAAGGGAUGGUUGCUGGAUCAGGUGCUACCCGGUUUUCCCAUCCUCAGUAAGCCAUAACAUAAUUAUUCAAAGUAAAAAAACCAAAAUAACUCAGUGCAAAGUCUGUUUAUUCAAGUUAUUUAGAAAAACUACUGUCAUUAAUUUGUAUUCAGUGAUUUAUUCAAGGCAUAUAUAUGCUGGGCUUCUGUGUGAUUAACUGCAUAUUUUGUGAGUGGUAGCAGUAAGAACCUACGAAUCGGAUCAGUUCAUAUCGUUACAUUGUGCCUAGUCUGCUAAGUAAGUAUGACUUAUCUCGUUGCUCAAUAUCAUCCUUGAUGCGUUUAUUUCCCUUCAUUUUUACUUGUUUUGUUUGAAAGUUAAUACGAUUAAUACGUACGUAUUCACACAUGCGUAUGUACUAUCUGAAAGACAGUUGUUUAUAAAUUCACUUUAUUGUAUUUGAAAUCUCCCUUAUCGAUCAGUUAGCUUUAGUGUGGUCUCUGUUUUACCCAAGUAUUGUUUAGAAACAACUUCAAGAAUGUAUAUUUAGUAUUUAUGUACAUAAAGACACUACAAUACAUUUGUUGCUGUUAUUUUUUAAUGCAUUGAGUACUUUUAGAAAUCCUCUUUUCCUUGUAUUCCCAACUCUUGUACAUUGUUUCCUUUAUAUUUUUUGAAAUUAACUAACAUUUUUCAUCUAAUUUCUAACUUCAAAAAGCUGAUGAUUGCUAACUUGCAUAUUUGAUUUGUAUAUUUCUUAAGUUGUUACUAUAAGCAACAUAUAAUCUUGGCCGAACUUUUGUGGAUAAAGUGAAAGCGUUGACAUCUGUUUUUAUAAAUUUUUAUACAUAUAUUUAUGCUUAAAUUCCCGGUACGAUUCGGACCGACUCUCCAUUUUUGAAUGACUGAUCUAAAAUCAAAAAUAUCUUGAAUGUAUACAGAUUGGAUAUACGGAAGUACUUUUUUCUAUAUUUUGUGAUUGAUGCACUGAUGGGAUUAUGAUGUUAUUGACUGUCCACUGGUUAUUUUUAUUUGUAUACACUCACCUAUUGUGCUUCCGUAAAUUCGUGAUACACUACUUCCAUAGUCUUUUAUAUUCUCUUAUGAGGACUUGCGCUCGUAAAAAAUGAUAUUGAUGAUCUAUUCUGCAAGCAUAGUUUUCAACAUUUGCCAGCUAUUGGAUCAGUUUGUGUAAAUCACGUUUAAUUUAUGUGAUGUCCGUAUAAAUUUAUAUAAAUCUGCUAUUCCCUAUACAUUGGCGUAAAACAAAAACCCUCAUAGGC